GCAUAGCGCUUAGAUACGUAGGCACUUGUAAACUUGUGUACGUGACAUUUCUGGUGUUGACGGUUUUUUUUCGAAAAUGUGUGUUGGAAAAAUUGUUAGUGAACUUGAAUGGACUAAUACCGGGCUAGAUGAUUUCGAUUUUAACGCCGUAGAAAAUUUUAGUCCGAACACCAAAGUUCCAGAAAUCCCUGAGGGUACCCAAAAAGACCGAGUCGAUUACGAACAAGACGUCUUGGGGGUCUCUACGAAAUAUGCGAGCGAUUUAUUUAAUGCCGUGAAGCGAGUGCAACAAAAAUUCUACAAAUCAAAUUUUUACAAAAUUCUUGUAUAUACAACCCAACCAGCGCACUUCAUAACAGCUGUAUCUGUGAUUUUCAUAGCGUAUUUAAUGGUACCUGGCAAAGCCCAUCACAAAAUGUCUCCGUUUUGGAAUUUAAUUUACUUGGGCUCGUUCAGUGCCCAUUUUGGUGCACAAAUAUGGAUGACUUUUGUCUCGGGGCUGGCUUUGUUCUUUUCAUUAUCUAGACAUACAUUUGGAAGCGUUCAACAAGUUCUAUUUCCAAAAUACUUUCUUCUGAACUCAGUUCUCAGUUUUAUCACUCUUUUCGUUUUCAUGAAAACCAACAACAAAGUCUUAAUAGACACCUGGGAAAAUUUUAUACAGGCUGUAUCAAUAUCACUUUGUUUCCUGGUGGAAUUAGUUGUUCGUUUAUACUUCACUCCUCCUCUUUUAAGACUUAUAGGAAUCAAACAUAAGAUUGAAAAAGAGGCCGGAGUAGGUUUGGAAGUGGGAAAAUACGACUUGGGAAAGUUGCGAGAUUGUCCGUACUACCUCAAAAUCCACAAAUCCUUCAGGAAGAUUCAUAUGACCAUUGCUAUAUUGAACCUAGUAGCGAUGGCAUGCACAACAUUGCAUCUGUAUUAUUUAUCACAUAAGCUUUGUUCCAUUUGAAUUAUGUAGUUGUUAUAGCACAACGAAAACUGUAGACUGAAUCAAUCGAGAGGAACUUAGUCCUCUGAAUAAUGGAAUUCAACCCUAGGGAAGUAUAAUUGUCCCUAUAAUUCCUGUGGAUUGUUACGAGUAUAGUUUUUAGUUCUCGAAUAUUAAUAAAGACAUUAUUUAUUUCUGUACUGUCAGUAUUAUUAGGCUUUUAUACUUUUCAAUUAUUUAUUAAUAAAUAAUUUUCUUAGUAAA